UGACAGAACAACGUCGUGUGUCGACGUAUGCGAAACGACAGUGCUUCGAGAAAUAUAAUUUAGAAAAAGUAGUUUGAUUUUCACAUUUUCGAAGCGAACGAUAUAAUUUUGCUCGAAACACACGGAGUUUCAGAAACGGAAAUUGGCGCACGAUGGAUUUUUCACGGCGAAGAGAUGAAGCGUAAUCGAGAAACACGAAUGAAAAAAUGUCACUGCACGAACGAAACCUUGUGUUUACUUAAUUUAAUCUAUUUCGUAAUACGAGAGAUCGGCGACGAGUGUAACUUUGAUCGCUAAAAAAAAUUGGAUCGAUUAGUUUUACCUUCCGGUAGCGGCGAAUUUUAAUCAGACUUUUUAUCUCGUUAUCUCAUUGUAUCGUUUAUACGACUUGUUGAGAAUUAAAUUUAAUAAAAAAAAAGUUUUAUCUCUCCGUUUGAUAAUACCGAUUGGUGUGAGCAAAACAAAAUCAAUAUGUAUUGUAUUUCACGGGUUUUCAAGAAUUGUUCAGAAAGAUAAAAAACUCGACACAAAGUUCGUGUAAUAUAUAUUUUUUUUUUUUUUUAUCGGUGAACAUACGCGCGGUUUUGUGUUACGACCGUGAAGGAAUAUCAGUUGACAAUCUAACGAUAAUUUUGACGGAACUUUUAUGCAUUGGAGAAAAUAAGUUGUGAUUAGACCUAGGUAAAGUGUGCGGACUGCUGUAAAUGGGACGCGCGCGAUGUUUGGUCAAGUGUGUGCGAAUUUGUUCCAGACGUAAAUUUGUGCCGUUACGUCUUGCGAUUUGCUCGUACGCACACGCCACACUUAUUUUCCUGAUGUUGUAUAUUGUGCAAAAAUUGAUUUUUAAUAUUCGCAAACACAUAUUGCUCGCUCACUGUUGUUGCAUAUAUAUUUUCGUGACGCGCAAACUCAUCUCGCAAUCAAAAGCGUACACGCUGUAAUUUGCGCUCCACCUUUCAGUUCCGUCUAACACCUUCGGCGAAGGUCGUGCUCUUAGUGUCACGAGAGGAAAAAAACCGAUCGAAAGAGUCUAUUAUCUAAGGAAUAUACUAUAUACCGAAUACACUAUACGUCAUCCGCUAAUUAUCACUAUUGUCGUAAUAUUCUGUAACGCGUAACGACCGGCAUGAUUGUGUAUUGUGGAACAUGGAUAUUCGGUUGUAUCCAAUUUGCAAAGGCCGACACGUAGCGUCGAGAAACGGAACAAAUUAAAAUUCUCUGAUGUCUCUUACAAUUAUAUUUGUGACAAAUAUAAUAAAAGUAUCUUCGAAUUAUAUUUGGAAAAAUUCCAUUAUUACGCAACGCGAUUAUUUCUAAAUUGGGAAAGGAAUCUCAGUGUGAAAUAAAGGAGAUCGAUCCGGGGGUUUCUGUUUUAGGUUCCUAGUCAAAUGUUUUUCUCGCAAUAGAAAUUUUAAGUUUCAUGAAAGAAUAAGUUGAGUAAUUUUGGUUUCGACGUACAUGCGCGGAAAAAAAAAAAUGAUGUUGAAUCAACAGUAUCAGUUUAAUUGAAAUACAUCCCGUUGAUGCGACAUCAAUAUUAUUGCACUAUACGCAGCAGAUAGUUGGUUUAAGAAUCUAGACGUUAAAUUAAUCGCAUAUGCAAUUGAAUGAACUAUUUAUUUUUAUUGGCAGCCCGUGACGUCAACUUUAAUUGAACGAGAUGCCAGCCAAUACCUAUCAACGCGUGAACACUCAAGUGUCAAACUUCUGCUGGCGUCGAAAAUGGGCUUUUCUGAUCGCGCUGAUCUUCUGUAUCAUUGUUAUUAUAUUUUUCACGAGACACUCGAUGGUUCACAAGCGGCAGAACACGACGGAACGCGACACGUAUCUGGACGACGUGUCUGAAGAUCUCUUAAAAACAGUGUUGCAAACGUGGUACAACUUCUCCGGUGGUGAGGAAUGGUAUAACAAGAAAAAUAUAUCCGCUCUGAAUUCGAGCGCCUUUCAACAUCUGUUGACGGACAUGCGACAGAAAUGGAUAAUAUGGAAUCACAAUCCGAACGAGUCUUACGUUCUUCGGGAACCGAGUGUCGAGGAUCCGUCGAUGGGACAGUCGACUGCGAUACGCGAAAUUCUCAACGACAAGAAAAAUGGAUUUUUCAUAGAGUGCGGCGCAUACGACGGAGAGACGCGCAGCAACACGCUGUUUCUGGAGCGAUUUAAUGGCUGGACGGGUCUCCUGAUAGAAGCGGAUCCCAUCAAUUUCACUAAGAUGCUCCGGAAGAAUAGAAGAGCCUAUCUCUCGCCGACGUGUCUCGGUGUAAUUGAAAAGCCCGUUGUGGCGUCCUUUCUCAUGGCGAGGAACGUGGGGCGAUUACACGAGCCCGAAAAUACGACCGUCACGAAUUCGCCUGACGUAGCUUACACGGGCGAGCACACUCGCGUGCAGUGUUUUCCAUUGGCGCUUUACAUCGCCGCGUUGGGAAUCAAGACGGUCGAUUAUUUCAGCCUCGACGUCGAGGGCAGCGAGAUCGACAUACUGGAAACGAUUCCGUUCCAAGCGGUAGAUAUAAAGACCAUGUCUGUGGAGUACAUACACAACGCGAAAGGGCAAAAGUAUCUGAUCAAAAUGAUGGAACAACGCGGAUACUACGUGUAUAGUUUUGUGAAACGUCCGGACAAUUUGGCGAACGAUAUUGUUUUUGUGAAACGCGCGACGCGUGACGAAAGUGCGAGUUUUGUCAAAUAAAUGAAUUAUGUAUUUUUUGGAAAAUUCGCACACGCAGUGUUAUUGUAUUCCGCGCUUGGAUGUUGUCCGUUUUCUGACACAAGUUCGUCAGGAUAGCUCUGAUUGUGAUUGUUAUAUAUUAAAUUAUUAAUUACAUACAUGUAUUUUAUUUAUGUUACA